AUGGUUGUUUCGGGAUAUGACAAAUCGCUUGGUGAGGAUGUUAUCAAGAGCUUGUUGAGUGGACACUCUUCUUCAUGUGGAGAGAUAACUAAAGUUUAUAUUCCCACACGCGUUGGAAGCGAGAGUAGUCGCAACAAGUUUGUGUCUUCUUCUUCUUCCUCCUCCAAGCUAGCUUCAUCAAGAGAUAUAAUAAUACUGCUGACUAUAAAAUAUGUUAUGCCGCCUUCGUCUGAAUGUUGUAUAGCUACUCCUGAACUUUAUGUUCAAUUGGCCAAACUCAAUGAGAAAGCUACUCCUAUCAAUGUUGUUAUGGUUUCGGGAUUUGACAUUUCGCUUCCUGAGUACCGUGUCAUGGACCCGCUGAGAAAAUAUUUCUCUGCAUGUGGAGAGAUCAGGGUUGUUUGUGUGUUUUCGAGACGAAAAUGGACUGCUUCUGUUGAGAUUUGGGGACUGAGAGAUGUCGUAGGAGAGAAGGCGUUUGCGCUUAAUGGAACUGACAUGGGAGGAUGGAAAGCAAAGGUUAGGCGUUUUGUUGAACCAGAAGAAAUAAACUUCAACACGGUUUAUUGUUGA